AUGAAAGCAUGUGGUGAAGCUGUGUCUAGUUCAAUGAGAGUAGAAAAGAUCUUAAGAUCAUUAUUCCCUAGGUUUGACUAUGUAGUAGCAGCUAUAGAGGAACCUAAAGAUCUUGAUAGCAUGACAGUUGAAGAGCUACAAGGAUCUUUGGAAGCACAUGAACAAAGGAUGUAUCAGAGAAACUCUGACAAAUCCAAAGGUGAAAUUGCUUUACAAGCACAUCAGAGCAAUAAAGAUAAGAAAGGAAAUGGUAAAUGGCAAGAUGAAUGUAGGUCCAAAGAUGAAUCAAGUGAUGUUGAAGCAAAAAUGACCAGAAAUGAUGAUGAUGAAGGUUUAGUGAUGCUUCUUGUAACUACAAGAGAUGAUAGUGACUGUCAAGUGAAAUGGUAUCUUGAUACUCGGUGUUCAACACAUAUGACAGGAAGAAAAGAUUGGUUCAUAAGCCUUAAAGCUACACAGAACAACAAUGUGAAAUUUGCAGACAAUAGUAGUCUUGCAGUGCAAGGUAUUGGAGAUGUAUCCAUAAAAAGAAAGAAAGUUUAUUAUUCAUCCACUUUUGGGCCACACAAGUAA